AUGGCCCGGAUUUGGCGCUGCUGAGAGGGACGCAUGCUGCUCCUUCUCUCCGCCCCAUGAGGAGGCAUCGUCAGAGCUGAUAUAUGAUGCAGCUCGACUUUACCCUUUACAAAACAAAGCAUCAUCCAGGAAAAUGUCCUCCUGACUGCUGCCAAAGCUCAACCUGCGCCCAGCGAAUAGUCCAAAUACUUUAAAACACACCCUGCGCUGAAAGUGAAGUUUUGGCUGUGAUUUCUCAUCCCUUCCCUCAUUUAGCCCUUCUAUCUAUUCUGGUAUCUCAGCACAUGACUAAAUUAGAGCAAAGAUGAUAAGAGCGCACAGGAUUAUAAAUCCGCGGGCUCCUCCUCCUUCCAGCCGUGCGUCCUAAUUAAUGGGACACCCCCAGUCGCAAAAAGCCCCGCACUGGACUGAAACAUAGUCAAAGAGUGAAAGGGAAGAAGGCGAAAGUGCCGCUGGAGAUAAUUGAUUAGCAAUCAAUGAUAACUUGUUAGUAAUCGUCGAGACUUUGGACUUCGCCAUUUUCAGGGAGGCGCCUCACUCAUCCGGACUCGUUGCUCCGGAGGAUCAAGACAAUUGGAAUAAUUUUCUUGCUCCGUUUUUCUCUUGUGCUAUGUGACUUUUUUCCCCACAGCCUUACUUGCUGAUAUUUCAACACCUUCAGAAAGUCUGUGCGCAAAACCAAUGAUGACAUCCAAAGAAGUGGCCAAAUGUGACGCAGCGGAAAACAGGAGGCGAAGUCCGCUGGACCAUCUGCCUCCGCCUGCUAACUCCAACAAGCCGCUGACCCCCUUCAGCAUUGAGGACAUCCUGAACAAACCGUCGGUGAAACGAAGUUACACAAUCUGUGGCACUGCUCAUUUAAUUUCAUCCUCAGAAAAGCACCGCGCCUCCAGCAUCCCGCUGUCCAGUCGCGCGCUCCUCACCCAAACCUCCCCGCUCUGCGCCCUGGAGGAGCUCGCCAGCAAGACCUUCAAGGGUCUGGAAGUCAGCGUUUUACAGGCUGCCGAAGGCCGGGACGGGAUGACUCUAUUUGGCCAGAGAACCACUCCGAAGAAGCGUCGGAAGUCUCGAACGGCCUUCACCAAUCACCAAAUCUACGAGCUGGAGAAACGCUUCCUGUACCAGAAGUACUUAUCCCCCGCAGACCGAGACCAGAUCGCCCAGCAGCUGGGUCUGACGAACGCCCAGGUCAUCACGUGGUUUCAGAAUCGGAGGGCUAAGUUAAAACGAGACCUGGAGGAGAUGAAGGCCGACGUGGAGUCGGCUAAAGCCAUCGGACAGGUGCCCUUGGACAAACUGGCCAAGCUGGCGGACCUGGAGAAAUGCGCCAACGGCACUCUGGGCCACCCGCGAGCCGAAUCCCCCGCGCGGGGCGGCCCGCAGGAGCACGAGCUCGCGCAGAAACUGCGGACGUCUCCGCUGUCUCCUUUCUCAGACCACACAACGAGUAAAGAGUGCUCAGAGGACGAGGACGUGGAGAUCGACGUGGAUGACUGAUGGCACACAAACACAAAAGACUGUUGAAGAAAACCCUCGCGGGGACUUGUAACUUACUGCUUAUAUCGUGCACCGUAUCUACCAAAAUGUAACCACUUUUAUAUUCAAAGCAUGAAACGCGGUGUUUUAUUCAUUUCUUGCAAAGCAAUAUUGACAUUAAUGCUUUUUUUUUAAACGCCAACGUUUUCCUUUUCCGAUCCUGUCCUCACUGGGACUUUUUAUUCUUUUUUAUUUUUUAUUAUUUUUUGCAUGUAAAUGCAUGAUUUGAUUUGAGACAUCUAUUUAUUUUUUACUUUAGUUGGUAAUUUAAAUCCGUCGUGAGAGCCUCGUCACCGUCACCACGUGUCGCCUCGUCACUGGCGGGUCCGCAGUGACCGAAAAGAAAACCGUUUUGUUGGUGAAACACAGAAGUUAACAUCGCGGUGAUUUUGGACAGUCAGGCUCCCUUUUUUUCGAUUUAUUGUUUGAGUACCACAGAGUUAUUUUGUAAACCUGUAAGUGCCUUUCCAAAAUCAGGACAUUAUUUUAAAACCAAUGCACAGACUGUAAUGUACAUAGGCUACUAUGGGAAUAAAAUUGCUUUUCUGAAU